AUGAAGUCGUUGCUGGUGUUUGUUGCGGCCAUUUUGGUCACCGUGUCCGCUGCUCCGUACCAGUUGAUCCUGGUGGAUGAGGCCGAUCUUCCCUUUGCCCCGGUCCGUGUGGUCCGUAAUGCUCCGGGCGGUGGACUAAGCGGCAGUGCGGCCAACGCUGGCGCUCAAUCGUUCAAUCAGGGCUUCGGUGGCGGUUUCCCCGGACAUGGUGGUGGCUUUGGAGGACUUUCCGCAUCGGCUGCUAAUGCUGGUGCACAAUCGUUCACCCAGGGCGGUGGCGGUGGACAUGGAGGAUUCCCGGGAGGAUUCGGUGGACUUUCGGGUUCGGCAGCCAAUGCCGGUAGCCAGUCGUUCACGCAGGGCGGCGGUGGUCAUGGAGGUUUUGGAGGUCUCUCUGGAUCGGCUGCCAAUGCUGGUACUCAGUCCUUCACGCAGGGCGGCGGUGGCCAUGGAGGUGGUUUCGGUGGUUCGGCUGCCAACGCUGGUGCGCAAUCGUUCAACCAGGGUGGUGGCGGUGGACAUGGUGGAUUCCCCGGAUUCGGUGGAUUCUCUGGAUCGGCCGCUAAUGCUGCGUCGCAGUCUUUCACCCAGGGUGGUGGACACGGAGGACAUGGAGGAUUCGGCGGUCUGGCUGGAUCGGCAGCCAAUGCUGGAGCUCAAUCGGUGGUAGCUCACUAA